AUGGCGGAUAUAAGAGACGAAAGAGGAAACCCGAUCUACCUCACGGACGAACAAGGCAAGCCAGCUCAGCUGGUGGACGAGUUUGGAAACGCGAUGCACCUGACAGGUGUUGCAACCAGCGUCCCUCACCUGAAGGAGAGCAGCUACACCGGUCCACACCCAAUCACCGCCCCAAUCACGACCACCCAUACUCCUCACCACGCACAACCUAUCUCCGUGUCUCACAACCCUCUUGAAAACAAAGGCAUUUCUUCCUCCAACUCGAUGGACGAAUAUGGUCAAGGAUCACGACAAGGAGCUACUGUAACGGAUGAAACUAAAUCAAAGGUAGAGGGGCACGAUCGAUCAACUGCAACAGUGAGCGGAUCAGGAUCAGAUGAAGCUCACGAGAAGAAGGGGUUCCUUAAGAAGAUUAAGGAGAAACUUUCCGGCAACCAUAACGAUCCGUAA